UGGGACAGGCCAAGUCCGAAGGGGCGGUGGUUGUGAUCCGAUGCUCCCUUGUGCCUUCUGCACCCGAGUGAAUCUCCACCAAGGUCCCCGCGUCUCCAGCCCUCACAUCUCGUGCGCCCCUGCGUCCGCGCGUCCCCUCGCCGCCCGCCCGGAAGGAUGCUCUGUGCGCCGACCGCCGGAGCGGCCCUGAUGCUGUGCGCCGCCACCGCCGGGCUCCUGAGCGCGCAGGGCCACCCGGCGCCGCCCGAACCGCCGCGCUUCGCGUCCUGGGACGAGGUGAACGUGCUCGCGCACGGGCUGCUGCAGCUGGGCCACGGGCUGCGCGAGCACGUGGAGCACACCCGUGGGCAGCUGGGCGCGCUGGAGCAGCGUCUGGCCGCGUGCGGGUACGCCUGCAAGGAGCCCGCGGGAACCGCCGCGCCCCCGCAGGCCUCCGCGACCCAGGUCCCCAGCGGCGAGGCCGCCCCCAAGGCCCUCCGCAGCCUGCAGACUCAGCUCAAGACCCAGAACAGCAGGAUUGAGCAGCUCUUCCAGAAGGUGGCCCAGCAGCAGCGGCACCUGGAGAAGCAGCACCUGAGAAUCCAGCAUCUGCAGAGCCAGGUGGGCCUCCUGGCCCCCAUGCACCUGGGCGCCGGGCUGGCCAAGCCUGCCAGGAGGAAGAGGCUACCCAAGACAGCUCAGCUUGCCGGCCCGGCUCACAAUAUCAGCCGCCUGCACAGGCUGCCCAGGGACUGCCAGGAGCUCUUCGAAGAGGGAGAGCGGCAAAGCGGCCUGUUCCAGAUCCAGCCCCAGGGGUCCCUGCCGUUCCUGGUCAACUGCAAGAUGACCUCAGAUGGAGGCUGGACAGUAAUUCAGAGGCGCCAGGACGGCUCCGUGGACUUUAACCAGCCCUGGGAAGCCUACAAGGCUGGCUUUGGAGACCCCCAAGGUGAGUUCUGGCUGGGCUUGGAGAAGGUGCACCGCAUCACGGGGGACCGCAGCAGCCGCCUGGCGGUGCAGCUGCAGGACUGGGAGGGCAACGCCGAGUCGCUGCAGUUCCCUGUCCACCUGGGGGGCGAGGACACGGCCUACAGCCUGCAGCUCACGGCGCCUGUGGCCAGUGAACUCGGCGCCACCACCAUCACCCCCAGUGGCCUCUCCCUGCCCUUCUCCACUUGGGACCAGGACCACGACCUUCGCGGGGACAAGAACUGUGCCAAGAGCCUCUCUGGUGGCUGGUGGUUCGGCACCUGUGGCCACUCCAACCUUAACGGCCAGUACUUCCGCUCCGUCCCAGAGCAGCGACAGCAGCGCAAGAAGGGCAUCUUCUGGAGGACCUGGCGUGGCCGCUACUACCCGCUGCAGGCCACCGCCAUGCUGAUCCGGCCCACGGCGGCUGGAGCAGCCUCCUAGCCUCCUCGCUGGGGCCUGGUCCCAGACUUGUUGAGGGCAGUGACUCUGAUUCUAGCCCGGCAUGUGGCCACCCCCUGCCUGGGCAGGGGCUCAAAGCGGGGGCCAUCUGGAGCCUCGUGGACUGAGGAGAAGCCCACACCCGGGGAGGCCUCCUUUCUGAGUGGGGGACUGCAGGCAGUGCCCUCUGAGAAGGACAGAGGGCUGUAGGGCACAGACCCUGGAGGCGUGGGACCUAGGGGCACUGAGGCCCGCUCCUCGCCCGCCCGAGGAGUGGGGAACGUGGAAGGACCACUCGGGGACAGCCAGGCCGGCCCUCGACGGCGGAUUCAGUCACAUUGACUGGCCAGGGGACCCGGCUUCCGCAGGCCCCUGGUGCCAUCACAGCGCUCUUUGUGGAACUGUGGGUGGAGCUCACAGACUUCUUGGAAUAAAAGCAACCUCAGAACAUUU